UACCUAACAAAGACGUCGUAUAUAUGCGGAACACCGAAAAUAAACACAAAAACAAACACCACCUAAUCGAGAUCCACUUCCUAAUCCCAUAAUUAGAAAGACACCCCUCGAUUUCCAGGCCACCAGAGAAGACACCAGCCCGACCCAAAAUCGUUGAAUCAGAGCAAAAUCACGUCGGAGAAAAAUUGGAGCUAAAUUACGCUGGAUAGAAAUCAGAGCAUGUUGAAUUUACACCGGAGCUGAAUUACGAUGAAUCACCACACAAUUUUCGUUUCCACUUUGUUCUCUUCUUCUUCGGUUCUAUGGAGCUGAAUGACGCUGAAGAUUUCAUCACUGAAGGAAACACGCAGAAGUAAGAGAAUUAAAUCCAUGCAGAAGUGCAGUUACUGUGACUCAAACUCUAAGUCACAUGAUCAUGCCAACAAGAAUAUGAACAAAAAUUUAAAUAAUACUAAGAGUUGUAAAGUGAUUUCAAAGUUGUUGCUUCCUGAAGAUUUAAUGAUUGAUAUAUUUACUUUGGUUCCUCUUACUUUUCUCAUCAACUCUGCAAAGUAUGUUUGCAAAUCUUGGGCUAAUACUCUCGGCAAUUCCCACUUUGCUGCAGCAUUCGAAUGUCGCGGACAUUCUAAAUUUGGUCUUUACGUUGAAAAUCGCAUGUCCAGAAGUAGUUCUUAUUUCUUGGAAUUUAAAGAUGAUGUGAAUGGCCAAUUUGAAAGGACUAAUUUGGGAACACCUAAAAAAAUGGGAUAUGCAAUCGGUACUUGUGAUGGCUUAUUGCUACUUUGGGAUGGUUAUAUGCAAACAUAUGUUGUGAACCCCCUUCUCAAGUGUUGGCUUAGAAUUCCUCCUUUUCCAGGUUCUAGGAAAUAUUACCACUUGGUUGUGAUUGUACUAUAACAUGUGUUCCUCACAUGGCCAAAUUCAAAUUAUUCCAUGUAAAUGUCCUUGAGGUUUCGGGUGUUGUCUGGUAUGUUUGCUAUGUGCUAAGAAUUGGAAUAUAUAACUCAUGGAAAGAGAUAGCUAGAAGAGAAUCUCCCCCUAACAACGACCAUCUUCAUUGGCAGAAACUUUGUAGUGGAGGCAAUGAUGUGUAUUGGAUAACAAAAAAGGGAGUGAUUGUUAUGGAUGUUGACAGGGAAAUUAUUUUACAAGAAUAUCCACUUCACAAUUUUUCGUCGGUUGCAUCAUCAUAUUUAGUGAUGGGAAAUCGCCUUUGUUGCAUAUUGCUUGAUUAUAUUAAUAGAGCACAUCAAUUCGAGAUUUUAUAUUUUGAUUCAGAAAAAUGGUCUCUUUAUUAUAAGAUGGAAAGUAUUGAUUUUGAGGCUGCAUGUGGUCAUGAGCUUAAUAUUUGGAGUGUGCGAUUUCGUUUGCUGAUCAACGAUCAUAUUAUCAUUCGAUGUCAAACAGAAAACUCAUUUACAUGUAUCGAAAAUGUACGUUUUUGUUACAAUGUGAAGACCAAACAAUUGACAAAGAUUGAGGACAUUGACGUGGGUAAUUUUGAAGUGUGGCUUCAUACUAAUAGUCUAGUAACAUUGCCAAGUAGUCCGACAUAGCUAAGUUUCCCGGCAUAUUAUUUAUAAUUAUACUAGAUGAAAAACAAGAAUUUAUGUUUCUAUUUUGAUGGAAAUACUUGAUCCGUUUUGCUUAGUUUGUCUCGCUUUUAUUAUU